ACUGACGAAAAAGGCUGCGCUGCUCGGCAGUCUGCUACAGACAAGGGAAGCGCUUCAGCUGGUACGGAGCCUCCGUGCAGCGGACACACAGACAAUAGCCGAACCGAGAGCCGUGGAGCCUGUAUGUGCGGUUAAAGAGCUGCUUUUUCUCCGGGCCAUUUUGGAUUACUUCCACUAUUAUCCCCUUCGGCUGUUAAAAACCAGUGAUAUUUUGUCACUGAUGGUGAUCGGAUACGCGAAUUGCUGGUGAGUGCAAACAGAAUGGAGAGUUGACUGUGGGCUGAAACACCGCAUUUAAUGUGUUUAACCUGGGAGCCAAAUAGUUUGAAUGUUCUUCCUCUUGUGUCAUUUAAAGGGACUAGCCUACUUUGUAUGUUUUAUGCUGAGAGGAAACCCUGUCACAGUUGAGUCUUAACGGUGUUGACUUGAUUUCUUUCACGGCAAAGUCGUUUAACUUAACGCUUCAUUGUAAAUAUUGACACGUUUGUGUAAUUGCUAAAGAGAGUUUUAACUAACUAUCCCCGUUUGUUCGGGUGAUAAAAAUGUGACAUUUGCGACGGGUUUACAUGAUUUGUUGAUUUAGGCUAGAUUCCAACAAACCGCUUCAUUCACUUAUUGAUUGAUGAUCGAUAUUGAGGAUAUUGAGGUUGGUUUUGAAAGCUCUUGAGCUCGCACCGAGAGUGUUUCUACCACUUCACAUCACGGUGUGUGUUUGAGGCUGUGGGUUGAUUUCUGUGAACUGUUGAUGAGGUCGGCUUUGUGUAUUGGAGUUGUUCUCGUUGAGCUCAGCGGUGCUGGUGCGCCUCUUGUAACUCGAGCGACUCCUGAAGGCACUACAUGUGAGCGCACACACACACACACACACACAUACACACGUACACACACACACACAGCUGACAGACAGGGGCUGCUGUCAUUAGAAUUAGCAUUAAUCACGAGGAGUGAUCGGGUCAUCUCGUGGUCUCGCGACGUGCACGUUUUGCUGUAGGUUCGAAAUUGGUUAAUGAUUCAAAGUCUCGCGCGAGUUUUUUUUUCCAGUUAAAGCUACAAAAGACAGGUGUGGAUCCUCUUUUUUUGUUUUAAACCUCUUCCCACAGCAACACACUGAUAUUUCAUGCUAAAACCAGUAAAUUUGAUGCAUAAAUGUUUGUGAUUUAAUUUCCUGGUGGUUUCUGUUUUCAGUCAGUUGCUGUUAUUAAAGCUUUUUUUUUCCAGGAUAUACUCCGAGGCUUUUAUUUUUAUAUAGCCUCAGACUCAAUCUGUUUUUGAUGAAGCGACUGAAUCAAUUCACUCGUCUCUAGCGCGACCUCACCCGGAUCCUUUUUGGAAUCAUGUUUUCUGGAAUUAGGCUAGAGAGAGCUGAAUGAUCCUUUGUUUACAGAGAGGGAAUACAGCAGCAGUCUAUGCUGUGCUUUUCAUGUGGCAUGCCUUUCCCAGGAAUGUGCAAUGCUGUUGGAUAACACUUUAUCUCGUUUUAUUUUCUAGAAAUUCUAAUUUUAGCUUCAGUUUUACACACUAAAGCCUCUUCAGAUUAGAUUGAACCACCUGAAGUGUUUUCUCUGAACUUAUAUAACAAAAAGACAACAAAAGCUUUGUGUAAUAUUUGAAGGAAUUUUUCCUUCUUCUCUUUAAUUUGAUGCUGUAUUUAGCCAACCUUGCUCUUCUUGCAGCUGUCACACACACAGCCCAGAUAAUCUGGAUGGCCCCUUCCUGUGUACCGCAGUCAGUGUGUGUUUCACAACCUCAGGAAGCUCUCUCUCUCUAACACACACACACACACACACACACACUUUUAGUAUCUGUCUCCCCAGCUGGAGGAGGAGGCAGCAGCAGCAGCAGCAGCAGCAGUAGAGCAGGGUUCAGACAAGGUUGUCUGUGCCUGCUUCAUUUUGGUCACGCAGGAUGGCCCCACGCUUUUGUGCCUGGAGACGUGAGGGGGGGUUUAAGGGAGGGGGGUCGCAGGGAGUCUGCUGACGGUCUCCCACACAGCAGAGGAGAGAGAGAGAGAGAGCACCCAUCUGCUUUGUCCUCUCCCAGCAUUCUUCACUGCAAGUGUCCCAGACUGGAGCACGACCCCUGAACCCACAACCACCUCAUUCCUCCCUUCCUCCACACACGCCUAAAGCUCCAUGUUUUGCAAAGGAAUUUUUUUUGUUUCUCAACACUCUACACAGUUUCUGAUACAUGCAAAUCUGUCAGAGCUCCUUUUUUUAAUCUUCAUGUUCGCAAACUGAAGCUACUUUUGCUUUUUAAUUCUCCCUUUUUUUGGUUCACAAUUUAAGUACAUACCCCAAAUAAUCGAGACUACAGUCUGAGUCCUGAAGGCAACACCUGGCCAAGUCUGGUCUGCAUAGCAGAUUAAUGACAGCUGAGGGCAUGUGAGGUCCACGUGCAAGCUAAUACCCUGUCAGGUGUGGCUUGCAAAGGUAGCUCGCUUGGCCACCUCAUGGGAGCAGAACUUUCCAGUGGUUAGCAGUAGAAAACACAUCUGGGUUAGAUAGAGCUUAGGUUCUUCUCCCACUAUUACAGCAAGAGUGUUUCUGCCAGAAUGGAAUUCCUGCGGCCUGGAGACAUGACAUUAUUUAUUUGUUUUGUACGAUUCCUCCCACUACCUCUCCGUUUUGGAAUCAAGUGUGCACACGGGUCGAGGCUGAGGAACAGAAUGUUUCUGUGGCACAGUUGCACACAGUGAGUCCUGGAACAACAGGCUCAUAGAGCAGCAGUGGCAGCAGCAGCAGCAGCAGCGGCAACAGCUCUCCCUGCUUUGUUCCAGCAGGUGGAGUGCUUUUGAGUCACGCAGCUGAAGAAAUGAGCUGAGUGUUUCCCCUCCAGCCGUCACCUUGAUGGCUCUGAUCAAUUACCUCCGUCUCCUCCGUGACAGAGCUGGAAGUGAGAGGUGCAAUACCAUGAAGCCUGGAGGAGGAGAAGAAGGGGAGGUGGCCUGCCUGGACACGCUUCCCCACACGCAGGAAGACUCCCAGGCUCAUCAUUAUCACAUUUUAUGAGCACUCAACUCAGUCAGUCACUCAUUCAGACAGUGCGUAGGGUUGUCAGUGCACCAUGUAAAUAGUCACUGCUGGCUGAGUUUGGUGCGACUUGUGGCUUCCGCUCACACUGUUAUCAGCCACAAAGAGGCUGGACAGGCAGCAGACAGGGGCAAAGUCAACUGUGACUUGUCCUGUCAGGCUGCAGGGCAGACGGGGGCAGUUUAAACAGGCUGCUGUGUGGCGACUCCACAGAUGCAGGGAUUCCUCUAAGCUUUUAGGAUUCAGAUUUUUAUUCUCUUUUUUUCUCUGCUUUGCUUCUCUGAUUGAGAAAAAUAUCAACGUUGCUUUGUCCCAUUCAGAAACAUGUCUUCAGGUGGUCAUUUCAAGGAUUCCUGGGUUGCAAGUUUGCUAAAAAUGUAACUUUAACAACUCAUUAUCUGUCAUUUUACUAAGUCUCAAAUGGUUGAAACAAAAUAUUUGAACAUGUGACGACAGCUGGAGAACAUUAUCUUUUGUUAUUUAUAAGCACUAAUAAGUCAACAAAUUUAGCCUAUCAAUAUCCUGUUAACAGCUUUUCGCUAUGUUCCUUUUUUACCCCCAGUGUAGGCGACAACAAAUGGAAAUGGCAGCCAUGUCAAUAUGGUUCAUUAGUUGUAGAUAAUAGGCUACGAAUUUAUUAGCUUAUUUAGCAAUGUUAGCAGCUGCUGUGGAGAUUCCUUCAUAAAAACUCGAGUAGCCGUCUGCAGAUAAAACAGGAAUGAAUUGGCACUCUGAAUUCACAUUAUCAGCCUGUAGCUGCAUGUAUCCGGAUAAUCUUAUUCGACUGACAUAGUUAUGUAUCUGACUUGAGCUCUGUAGUGCUUCUGGUGACAAAUCUUCUCACCAGAGAUUUAUCUUCCCAACUCUGUGACAACUGGCUGGGGAGCACCUCAGCGGAUGCAUCCUUUAUCUGCCUGCCUGUGUGCGGUUGAUGGAAUGACAGUGAUGCAUAAUUUAGCGCACGUUGAAAACAUGCUGCGCUCCCUCUCCUCUUUGGCUCUCUCUGGCUGUCCGAUCACAUCCAUUCUCGGUUUAGAGGCAGGCAUUAACAAGCGCUCCUUUCUAAAAAAAAUCUCCUUUUCUACAAAUCUCUCCACAUUUUUCCUCCUGCAUGAUUGUUGUCUUUUUGAUUUCAAUUUACCCUCCUGCUCCUUUCCUCUGGCUGCUCUCUUGGCCUUGUUCUGUGGGUGCAGUGGCUGAGCAGGCUGAGAAGCUCCAGAUUGACUACAAGCCAUCCCCCUUGCCAGGAUUAACCUCUCACCAUUGUUUCUGCCCGUUGAACAGGAUUAACAAAUCAAUGUGUCAGGUAGACUGCAGUCAAGAGACAAUGACCCAGUUCUGACACCAUGCCCCCCCUCUCCACAUCCAUCCCUUCUCCUCCCACUUCUGCCUCACUGCAGCUUUUAAUUAAAAAGACUUUGCUUAGCUGGCGCUCUGCACUCCCUCGAGGAUGCCUCGCAGCUUUGUUUUCAUUUUUUCUACCCUAAGCGAGAGGCAAAAAUGUAAGGUGAACCCAUGUGCGCUCUCUUUUUUUGUAGUGUGUUUUCCUAAGCGCACACUUGUUGUCUGAUCAGUGCACGCAUAGCAACAGAUGCAGAUCCAGGUGUUUCCAAAUUGUUUCAACCCAAAUCUCAUAUGAAGUGAUAUUAUUAUUACAUCCGAAGAUGAUUUACUGCUAGAUGGGAAGUGAGCGGCUCUUUUUCCUCCUGGUUUGCGUACGUUCAGCGUGCUCGAGCCCUGAGGUGGUCACAUUGUAAAAGGAUGCCUUUUUGUUUGUUGCAGAGACAGUGUAGUGCAUGCUUGACCUAUUGCAAGGUGAUUCAUUUAUCAUAUGCACACUGGGGACAGCAAUAUCUGACUGCAGCAAUAACAAUAACCUGGUGUAUGCCUGCAACAAAGGUGUCAUCCGCUUGCCCUUGACGUUCACUUCUCUUUGUCAAAAGGCAUGACUGCGUUUGCAUAAUUGCUCCCUGUUGCACGCAGAGAUUGACCCCUUCCUUGUAUACCUGUUCGUUUUUUUUUUUUCCCUGUUCCUUGAGUGCUGACGCUUGCAUAACAUCCAGGCAUGCAGCUAAGAGAUGGAGUUAAAGUUCCUCAAAAGCCCUUGGAGGAUCUUGCCACGGUGACAAAUUUGUACAUCGGCAGGAAAGCUUGUUGUCUGUAUGUCUGAGCUAGCCCAUAACUAUACUCAGAACAUACAUUUAAAGAUUGUUAAUUAUCCAGAAAAAGAUCCAUCCACGCCAUCUUUGUGAACAUUUUCAACAAAAUUACAGGUGCGACAAAGCAAAUAUUUGGACAAACACGGCUAAGAAUAACCUCAAAAUUGAAGUGCAUUCAUAACAUGCUGGAGCUGCUGCAGCUGUAAGUGAUUUGGCUGUGAUACUGCAGACAGUAAACAGUUUGAUGGUGAAAUGAUCUCUUUAUGGGGAAAGUAAAAGCCUCCUUUCCCAUUCCACAUCAUCCAAGGGAGUGUCUGUGCUGGCCACCAGCCCAGUCAUGUCUUCCCUCUCCCCUUCCCGCUUCCUUCCUUCCUCCCUCCCUCCUCCCUUCAGUCCCUCCUUGUUGCAGUCAGUCGGAACUCAACUCCCAGACUGGGAUGGUGAUGACCCAUCUUUUGCCUUUGCGCUCUCCAGAAGUUGUGAAGAGAAUUGCCUGUUGUUUGUCAGAGCUUUGUGAGGCAUUUACAUCAUAACCGUAAAACACCCCGACAAUAAACCUUCGCUCUCAUCCAACAUGUUCAUUUUUCAUGUCAGGGGUUUUUGUUUCUCCUGGAACAAGCUGUGAGAAGUGGACAAUCUGUGCGAGCAUAAAUCAUUGUUUCAAGAAGAUUUAAAGGUUUCAAUGAAAGUAUCACAUGGGGGAUGUUUAUACAGGUAUUAGGCUCUGUUUGAGAAAUUAGGGAGUAAAUGAUUCUCCUUUUUCUCAUGAACUAGAGAUCUUUUUUUCCCCCUCUUGUUUCCCCGCCUGCCUGCCUGCCUGCCUGCCUGCCUGUCUCUCUCAAAGGAUUGAUUGUUUUUAUCGCUGAACCAGCAGCCCUUCUCACGGGAGCCCUGAAAGAACACAUGCACGAGUUGCAUAAGAAAACAUCCUAACCAUGCAAGGCUGGACAUAUUUACUCUGAAGGCAACAUGAAACGGGAAGCACUGCAAAUUGCCCUGGCCUUGACUCGCAGAUUCGAUUGCUAUAGCUGCUUAAAGAUAAUGAUUAAAAUUAAAAGUCUAUGUCUCCAUGAUUUGGUCACCCUCUGUGCUCGGUUUCUUCUCUCUAAUCAAUGCAUUUGCUGAGCUGAUGGGAUUUAGAAGAGGGCAAAGGGUCCAGUAAUUGUUGACUUGUGUGAAUAGGCCUGAUUGAUUGCUUCCUGUGCCAUGGCUUAUUUCCACUCUCAGCUGAGUGCAGCACGAGAUUUGGAUGCCUACAGUCUCACAUGGCUGAGCACAGGACUGGCCUGUUUCAACAACACUGUAAAAAAAAAAAAAGGCCAUGUGUGUACAAUAGCUUCUGUGCAACACAGACAAACUCAUAUGAUACAGCUUCAAAUAAAUGCAAAUCACCUGCUAAUAACCCCUCUGUAUGCUCCUUUCCUUUUAGAUUGUUCGUGCUGACGCCAUGAGUGGGCUUCUCAAGAGGAAGUUUGAGGAGGUGGAUGAGGACCCCUGCUACUCCUCGCCCUCCUCCCUCUCCUCUGCCUGCUCAGGCUGGGACUCAGAGGGAGAGAGCUGCUACUCGGACACCCUCGAUUCCACUCCAAGCAACCCCAGCUCCCCAGCAACACAUUUCAACAGUGAGUGUCCUCUUCCUGCGACGAUAAAUCAUAGAAAGAGCUGAUGGAACAUGCUUUUUAACGCGCUCCCUCGCCUUGUCUUUACUGCUCCACGGAGGACUCUGAUAACAAACCCAUAAAAAUGGAGGAGAGUUAAGGAAUUUAGGCAGCUGGCAGCUCAUGAAACACUUUACAGAAAUGAUUUCAGACUUCUGCAAUGAAUACCCCUUUUGAUUUCAUGCCCUAAAGCUGCAAAAUGGCUAAUCGCAUUAUGCAGUGGCUGCUCACCUUGGCUGGCUCCACACCUUUCCUCCCUGAGACUUGCAGACAGAAAAAAAAAGCAUCACCUUUCCCUCUAAAGAUGCGGAGCAAGCUGCUUCAGGGUGUCUCUGUCUGGACCUGGGGGUGCUACUAGCUGGCCUCAAGAGGUCCAGUCGUGUUGGGAGAAGGAUUGUAGGGGGGAGAAGGGCAAACAGUUGUGAGGUUUCCAGGAUGGUGGGGCAGAGAGCCAGGAGGAGAAAAGCGUGGCAGGUUGCCAGGGCCGGGGAACACACAGAGCCUUGUCUUGAAGCCCGGGCAUGCACCCAGCACAGGUGCUGAAAGAGGCUGGGUGAAGGAAUACAAAAAGAGAGGGGUUAGGCCUAUCAAGAAAAGACGGCAGAUUGAGCAGACCAGUAUAAAUCUUGUGUUUGUGUUGGACGGAAAGUUGCAUGCCAUUGUAAAGUGAAAGGAGGGGAAACAGCCAGCAAAGCGCUCCCAUUUGGAGCAGCAGAGGAGGUGUCAUUUGUCUCCUGCAGGUGUCAUAAGCCUGACUGGAUUUGAUGGAUGUGACGCUGAAACUGGCAGUUUGUUUCAUCUCUAUUACCCCCAGCGGCAGAUUAAACAACAUAGUAAGGCUGUUGCUUGAGCUGCAUUGGAGUAAUGGUUGCUUUCCUGGAUCAUCACAGGCAAAUUUUCUCAUUUGACUCUUACGACUCAUUCAGGUGGUUGUGCAGGGUGUGCCCGAAGUGAGUGCCAAAACUUGAAAAAUGGAAAUCUUCAAGGAAUUCCCCAUCAUGUGGAGUCUUAGCAUACGUCUCUGUUACUCUCAAAGACAGCUCAGGUUGCCCAAAAAGUCAUGUCCAAUAUAUCUGGGCAAAGGAAGUUGAAUGUAUGAUAAUUCAGGAGUACUUGUUGGGCUUGUUCCCACAUAUGGUUCCAUUCUGAUUCCCAUAUGGUUUUAUUGUAUUCGUCUGGGCGCAGAGAGAUGUCUGCUGGCUGAAUGUUUUUCACAGAGAAGAGACCUUUGACUCCUUCUCAGUAACUGGGCCAUUUGCGGGAAUUUUCAGCUUGGAGGGAGAGCCAGGGUGGGCAGAUUUUAUUCCCAUCCUGAGAGCUGUACUUCCACUCUCCCGCUCUCCCGGAAGCCCCGAGCAUUAACUCACCAGUUUGUGUGAUCCUGGCAGCUCCGCUUCCUCCACAAUGUCUGCCACUGAGAGGAAAUUCCUGGGCAGGGUGGUUUUGUGUCGCACACUGGGACAAGAAAGGAGGCUGAGGGAAUUCUUGGCGGUUAAGGUUUCACUUUACAGGAUGUAAGUGUGUCGGACUCCUGUUAGCAGUGUCUUUUAAUUGGGUACAUGAUAAGGCUUGGUUGGAGACUAGGGCAAUGAAUCAGAGGGGUGUCCUUUUACAGUCUGUUCAGCGGGGUUGGUACUCAUCCCAUGACUUCAUAUGAUGGGGGAUUAUGCCAUCUAGUGGUACAUAAAUGCAAUUGAAGUCAUUGAAACCAUUGCACCAGUAUCCUCUUAUCCUAAAUCCACCGUUUCUCUUCCCACAGCCACAUCAAUUCUCAAGAAAUCCAAGAGAGCACGACGGGGUAAUGUCACCUUUGAUCAGGUGUCAGUGUUCUUCUUCCCUCGGUGCCAAGGCUUCACCAGCGUUCCCAGUCGAGGAGGAUGCACUCUGGGCAUGAUGCAACGCCACAGCGUGCUCCAAACGUACACGCUGGCUGAGUUUGCUGUGGAGCAGCGGCUCCUCCGGCAGGAAAAACUCCUCAACAGGCUCAGGGAGGAAAAGCUGGAGGCUCUCCGACUGAAGGUGAGAACAGCUGACCCAAAGUCUGUCUAAGAUCUUGGCUGUACUGCAGUUAAAAAACACAUAACAUUAUUAGAAAGCCAAAAUGUUUUUGGAUCUGUGGAGCUAUUUGUUUUGAUAUUGAUUGGUAAAUUGGCCGACUGGAGACGAAUACCAUUACUGGUAAUGAUAGAAAUCUCUAUGCUAAUAACAGUAAUGGAAUAAUAGUGCUUAAUAAACAUCUAAUUAUCCUGAUUCAUAAUUAACUGAUGUUCAAUUUUUCUUUAGCUGACUAAGAACGGAACUCAAGAAAGUGAAGAGGCAGAGCGACUGACGGUGGAUGAUAUCCCCGAGCAGGACAUCGACAUCAGCGGGGCCAACCUGGACGAGGGUUCCUUCCUCCAGCCUUACCCACCUAAACGUCGCUAUUCUAUCCUUAAAGCUGCCGGCGUGAAGAAGAUCGACAAGGAGGAGAAAAGGCAGCUGCACGAUCUGAGGAUCUCAAGGGAAAACUGCGGUUGCGACUGCCAGGGUUUCUGCGAGCCUGAGACGUGUAGCUGCAGCUUGGCUGGCAUUAAAUGUCAGGUAAGAGCUUAAAAGAGGAUCAGCGUUUAAAGGCUUGAAAUACAAUAAGUGUGGAUCUUUUUUUUUAGUAACUUUAUUUUACUGAAACUUAACUUCCUCUUCUUCUCACAGAUGGAUCAUUCCUCUUUUCCAUGUGGCUGCACCAAGGACGGCUGUGGAAACACUGAGGGUCGCAUCGAGUUCAACUCCACCAGGGUACAGACACAUUACAUCCACACGAUCAUGAAGCUGGAGUUAGAGAAGAGGCUGGAGGAGCAGUCUAGCACUGAGGAAGAGGAGGAUGAGACCACAACAGGGGCCAACACCUUACCAGCAGUGCCCUCUUUUCCCUUUAGCUCUGAACAGACGGCAGCUGGGGACAACAGCUGCAGCAGCGACAUGACGGACUCGGACUCAUCGGGUCAGAGUGAGUACUCGGAGGGGGGCGAGGGCCUGUGUGAGAAUCGCACCCAGCUGGACGUUGACGAGAAAGGCUUGAGCCGCAUUCUUAGUUUCAGCGAUACAGAGAACUGCUCGAGGAGUAGCAGGGACGGCGUGGAGCGUAAAGACAUGUGCUGCCAAGAACAACAGCAGCAGCAGCAGCAGCCAUCUACAGAGGCUUUCAGGAGCUUUAGCAUGGUGGAUUUUGCAGAUGAGAAUGACAAUAUAGAUGCUGCUUUGUUGGACGAUCACAUGGACAAUCGAGCAAUGGCCAUCUCAGAACUUUUAGAUGAGAACGCCAACCAAGGCAACGCUCUCUUUCACAGCAGCAGUGUACCACGAACGCCCUCACCGACCGUGGAUCGCUCUGCGAGCUACAACAUGGACCUUAGCCUCUCAUCAGAGUCCGAUCUAGAGUUCUUUGAUGGUUUCCCCUGCUUGGGACCCAGCUCACUCUACAACUCCCUGAAGGAGUACGAACACAUGGACAACUUUUUCCAGUUUCAGUUGCCUAGUUACCCCAGUCUCCCCCCGGUGAGCGACCCAGGGACGUGCCUCCUGGAGUCACUCAUUGGUCUUUCAGAGUCCGUCCCAGAACCCCCUGCAACUUUUACAGACAAUCAGCUGUUGGAGGAAGCCAUGAAAUUGUCUGUGAUGGAGUCUGUGAAAGUUUGACAAAAAUAUGUGGACAGUGCAAAAAAAAAAAAAUCAAGAACAGGGGUUUCUUUGUGAGGGGACGAAACAUGCACAUAAGAAGUUGAUUUUUGAGGAAGCUGUGAUGUCCCUCUUGCCUAAAUAAAUGUUCAAAUUCCAGACUUGCCUUCAAAACGUUAGCAAAGCAUUGUGGGAUUUAUUGCUGUGUGAGAUGGCAGCUAGUGUUAAAAGAUACAAAAAUAGAGAUCAAUUCGACCAGGCCCAUUGAAACCAAUGAAGGCUCUCAAUUCCUAAGAAAGCUCUUUUAACCAAACCAAGAUCACUGACUGUAUGCUGAACAGGAAUCUUUAACCAUAACUGGGGCCAGGUUGGGAAUCUCAACACAGCUGAAUGUGCACCUCAGGGAUUUUUUCUAGCUUUCUAGCUUUUGGAGGCAAUGUAUGGUGACCAUUGCUGUGAUGGCCUUCAUAUGAAAACCAACAUAGUCCGGUUCGUGUCCUUGAGUCGACGAGAAACAGUCUGGCGGACUCUUUCUCCUUGAGAUUUCUCUAGGUUUAUGGUAUAUAUGGUACAAAAAAAAUCCCUCUAAAAAGCUCCUCAAUCAGCACUUUAUCUGUGAAAAUAGCUAUGUAUGAAUAGGCAUUGUUUUGGUUGUAUGGGAUCGAUUCAACAGUUCAAUGCUAAAUUAUGGAGUUCCUUAUUUAUGAGCUGGGUAACAGGAAAUAACUCUCAUACCAUCAAAAGCUGUAGCUGUAUUGUUAUUUUUCCUCUUGUUUUAAAUUAUUUCCUUUAUGAUUUUAUUUUUAUUUAUUUCAGAUAAUGCCUACGUUCACUCAAGAAGCACUGUGGUUUGAUAUUUUCACCUAAAAGUGCAAUCCUUCUUCCUUUUUUCCAUAUCACAUUUAGGCAAUGAUACGGGAAACGGGACCACAAGUCCAUCAGAAAGUAUUUAAUAUCUAUACUCUUAUUCUUUUCCUUUUUUUUUUUCUUUUUGGUAAAUUAUAAAGUCAUCAUUUCAUUUAGUAAUUUAAUUUAAGAUGUUUUGGCAAUAAAGAUGAGGUGUUGUGAAGUUUACUGGAUGUGCCUGCUUAUCAGGGGAGCCAUGCCUGCCGAUGGUGUGUGCACAGUGCUUCCAUUUAAGCUUUGGGACUGAAAACUGUGGAUCUCCCUAAUCACUGAAACUAGAUGGUGGGUCUAAUGUAUCGCUGCCUAUAAUGUAACCAUAGAAAAUUACACUAAUAUUUUGUAACUAAUUUAUGUAGGUUGACAAAAGAAUUCUAAUCACUGACAAAUUGAAUAUUUUAUUAAGAAACAAAAUGAGUCAUUUUCAAUCUGGGACAACCUUUGUAAUAUAUGAAUUAUAGAGAAAUGUCUACUUAUGAAGGUUAUUACUCUCAAGCAUUCAGAGGUAUUUUUCAUAGGCAGUCUUAUGGUUUAAUAUCUUCGUAAAAAUGCCACUAAAACUAAGAAAAAUUGCAAAGAUCAAUUUGAUUGUAUUCUGGAAGUCUGUGACUCGGGUUACACUAUGUUUUAAAAUACACAUGUAAAGGGUUUGGUGGAUAAAAACUGCAUAUAUUAUACAGUUUUUAUCACACACUCAAACCCUGAAAAAUUGAAUUGUUGCCUCAUUAAUUACAGAACAAGCCCUAUCAAAGGUGAUUGUGCUGUCGCCUGUGUGAACAGUUGAGGACACUAGAGAGUUGAUGUACAUAUCUCACCCUUUCUACAGCUGUUUCAGCAGCCUUUCUGGACCCUUUAGAAAUUAUGCAUGCAGGUCCUGUUUGUUAAAACUUGUUCUGAUUAAUUGUAUACUUUGAAAAGUGCAGAGUGCACAUCAGAAAUGUAUUAUUCGCUUUUUGCCUUUUUGAUUACGUUGAAAUCCAUCCGGUAUAUGUUCUUAUGCCAUGAAGAGGGCACUGAAUUUUGCAAGCAAACAUUUGUUUCUCUUGUAUAAAACAUCAAGUCUCAUGAAGAAAUGGCAACAGUGAGUGUUUAUCAAUGUAAUGUAUUACAGUACAGCUUUUUUUAAAUUUUAUUUUCAAAGAAAUGUGUCUUACUUCUUUGCCUUUUGUGUUGUACAUAUUUCUGCUUGAAUGGUCCUGCAGAGCAAACAAAGCUGCUUUAUUUUUUACAUAUUCACACUUUAACCUGCUGUUCAAAAACAGUUUCUCUCAUCCAAGCCAUUUUGACAGCCUGUCCCUCCAAAUAAUAAUAAAAGAAGACAUUUUCUAAAAGCUUGA